AGGCAAGACAACCAGUGGUGACAUCAAUGCAGUGCAGUCCGCUACUGCGCUGAGAGAUGGCGUCCCUUCUGCAGCCAGAUAAAGUUGUCUAUCUGGUUCGUGGGGAAAAAAGGAUUAGAGCCCCCUUGUCUCAACUUUAUUUCUGUCGCUACUGUAGCGAGCUACGAUCUCUGGAAUGUGUGUCUCACGAGGUGGACUCUCACUACUGUCCAAGCUGUUUGGAGAACAUGCCAUCAGCAGAGGCUAAGCUUAAAAAGAACAGGUGUGCAAACUGUUUUGACUGCCCAUGUUGCAUGCACACGCUGUCCACUCGGGCUACUAACAUCCCAGCCCCUGUACCUGAUGAUCCCACUAAGACAGCCAUGAAAAAAGCCUACUAUCUUGCCUGUGGCUUCUGUCGCUGGACCUCCAGGGAUGUGGGAAUGGCAGAUAAAUCAGUUGCCAGUGGUGGAUGGCAGGAGCCAGAGAACCCUCAUGCUCAGCGGAUCAACAAGCUGAUUGAGUAUUACCAGCAGCUGGCCCACCGUGAGAAGCAGGAAAGAGACAGGAAGAAGCUGGCCAGGAGACGACAGUGCAUGCCUCUGGCAUUCUCGCAACACACUAUUCAUGUGGUGGAAAAAUACGGCCUUGGAACGAGACUGCAGAGGCAGAGGACUGGAGCCCCCAUAUCAAGCCUGGCUGGUCUUUCCCUUAAAGAAGGUGAGGACCAGAAGGAGAUCAGCAUCGAUCCUGCCCAGGCUCUUGACGAAGUAGAGCCCCUGCCUGAGGACUGUUACACCAGACCCAUCAGUUUACCAGAAGUAACCACGCUGAGGCAGAGGCUUCUGCAGCCAGACUUCCAGCCUGCGGGGGCGUCUCAGCUCCACCCCCGACACAAACACCUCCUGAUGAAGCGCUCGCUGCGCUGCAGGAAAUGUGAGCACAACCUGAGCAAACCAGAGUUUAAUCCAACUUCAAUCAAGUUCAAAAUACAGCUGGUGGCUGUGAGUUAUAUCCCUGAAGUAAGAAUCAUGUCCAUUCCAAAUCUCCGAUACACGAAGGAGAGUCAGGUGCUGCUAACCCUGACCAACCCAGUGGAGAACAUCACCCACGUUACACUGGCUGCUUGUGACGAGGAAGACCCUGAUGACAUAAAUAGCACUGCCAAGGUUAUUGUUCCAAGUAAGGAACUGGUCUUGGCUGGAAAGGAUGCUGCUGCUGAGUAUGAUGAACUGGCUGAACCUCAAGACUUCCAGGAUGAUCCGGAUGUUGUUGCCUUCAGGAAAUCCAACAAGAUUGGUUUCUUCAUCAAAGUUAUCCCUCAGAAAGAAGAGGACGCGGAUGUCACUGUUUCAUUUAAGAUUCGACAUGACUUCCGCAACCUGGCUGCUCCCAUCCGGCCAAGUGAGGAGGGACCUGACACUGCCACUGAAGCCGUUUGGCUCACCCACCAUGUAGAGCUGAGGCUGGGGCCGCUCGCUCCCUGAACACAGAUAAAAGUAUUGGGCUUUUUGUUGAAUAGCUUCUUCAGACUGUAAGAUUAAUUUAAUGUAAAAUUGAUUUCUGAUUCAGCUCAUUUUUGUGAUUUUUUUUGUUUGUUUUAGGUGAAAUCACUGAUAUGUUGUGUUAAAUGCAGUGAGUGCAUGACAUCUUUCCUUUGCUGCUUAGGAUAUAAAAGUAAAUGCAACCAUGCUUGACUGCAGACUAAGAAAUAAAUAACUGUGUACAACUUAAUACAUUUUACUAUAUCAUCCUCUUUCUGUGCUUAAACACUAUACCAUUUUUCAAAAAGAUGCACCUAUAGUGUGCAUUUACUUGGAGUAAACACAUCCAGAUACACACACAUAGUUAUUAAAACAGUUUUCUGUUUAGAAACGUCUCGUACUUCUUGUUGCCUGGUUAUCUCUAUUGUGUAAACAGUAUUUUCCUCUCAAUCUUUGUCUGUACUAGCUAUAUGUAUUUUUCUUAUUUGAUGAAUUAGAUCUAGUUUUUCUUUUCUGGCUUUUUUAAGUAGCAGCUUAUGUUUAAGUGUAACUGAGAGGUUAAAGCUUAAUAUAACAGCCUGAUUGUACAGACUCUGUGAGCAGAAUCAGAAAUCAAUCUGAGAACAAUCUAAACAAGUCGCUGUUGCAACUGUUGCUUCUAGUUUGUGUAUUCUUGUCAUUUUUCUGCAUACAGUUGCAUUAACCUGCAUGCUCACAGUAUGGGAGCUGCCCCACAUGCUAGACAAUGUCAUCACAUCGGGAUCAGAAAGGUGGGUCAUCGGCAGAAGAUAACCUGCUGAUGAUUUUAUGAUUUCAGAGCCACUCUGUGCUGAGGAAAAGAAAUGCAGAGCCAUAUGUAAAUUGGUUCUUACGGUUCAUCCCCGUGGAUUAGCAGUCUGUGCCUGCAAGCGCAUUCAGCAGCACAUUAACCACCAAGGUUAAAAGUAAAUUGUGGGUGUAGAUUAUUACUUGAAGAUGAUGAUGAUGUAUAAACCAACAGAGCAGAUUCCCAUUUGGGUCUUUUUGUAAUUUUUCUUUUUUUUUCCAGUAGACCCAGGAUGGGCUUUAAAUGGCUGUUAAACUGUAAGCACAGAUUGCAGCUGGUGGACAUGCUGCUUACAGCUUGUAAACCAGGAGAGUAGAUUCUCUAAUGACUCUGUUUAUAACCUUCAGUUUUUCAGUUUAUCACACAAACUAUUGUCUGACAUUGCACAUUACAAAAAGCCCAUCAUAUAUAUGUACUAAGACACUAUUUUGUCUGACUGAUGAACUUUUGUUUUUGGUUUAUGGACAUUACUGACUAGCCUGUUAGUGUGUAUUGUAAGCUGUUUUGUUUGUUUUUUUCCUUGCCAGUGUGCACACUUAUGAAACAAAGCUGUAUAUCACAGUUAAUCUUCAGUCCUGGCUAAUAAAAUAAUUCAAUAC